AUGUCAUCCCAACAGCAAUUCACCACCGCCUCAAGCCCGGAAAUUCGAAUCACCACGGCGACUCACUUCCAUCCAGCAAUGUCCCCGACAUCGUUGAAGUCCAAAGACCUUCAGGAGUCUGACGUGAUGAUUUGCCGUGCACAACGAGUACCUCUCCAAGCCGCUGUCGGAAAAUUAGUGUCCUCGAUUCAGUGUAGAGGCGAAUUCGUGCAUGACCUCCAGAAAGCAAAUGAAAUCUUCACUCUGUACGACACAGAAAAUUGUCAACGGAUGAGUUCGCAUGGCAAAGUAAGAGUGGCGCGCCUUCACAAGGACAAGGGAACUGCUCUCUGGCAAACUCAUUGGACUUUGUUGAACCUGGCAAGUUUGAACCAACAGGCGCCUAAAGCUGGUAUCAACAUUCAGCAACAUUCUCCUGCAAAGUUCAAGUUCUCUAACCUGAGAACCGCGCGCUAUAUUCGUCUCAAGUGCAAAAUCAAGAGCACCGAUGUUAGCUGGCGGGGACUGCUCCACCUUUCACGAAAGCUCAAUGACGAACCCGCUAAUUUCUGAUUUCAGAGUAUAUUCCAGGGUUCCGGGUUCCAGGCAUAUCCUUCCUAUUUCACAGCUGGUUAUCUCCUUCACGACAAGCAAGCAUUACAGUUACUGUACGGUUUUACUCGGAGGCCGUACAAUGCUAGUACUGCGCAUUCGGUAUCAUAGAUCUUGCUGCUUUCUCAUGACAUACAGCCUACCUCUUAGUGUCUUCAAAGUGGGAUGUAUUUGUACACUGCUGCCUGGACCAUCCUUGCUGCAGCGUUACCAACUGAUGCUACCCCCUGCUGAUCAGACAACGGUCCUGGAUACCGUACGCUGGAUGAAUUUGAUGUGCGGGAGGGAAAGC